AUGUAUGAGUUGCAAGUUGAUUUGGGCUCGCCUUAUCAAGCUAACCUUAUCGGUGGGGAUGUCGAUUCUGAUGAGCUCAAAAGUGGGCAGAUUUUCGUCAAGACUCUUACUGGGUCCACUUAUUCUUUCAAAUACCAAGCAAGUGAUACCAUAGACAACGUAAAACAAAUGAUACAAGACAAAGCCGACAUUCCGCCAGACCGACAGAGACUUGUUUUUGCCGGUAUACAGCUGGAGGACGGCAGUCACACGCUCGCAUAUUACAACAUUCAAAGGGAGAACACACUAUAUUUGAUUUUACGUCUUCCUGGUGGUGGAGGAUAUGUGCUCAGUUAUUUACCCUCAAGUGCUCUGGACCCGAGAUAUGAUUAUGAUUUUACACACAUUAAGGACAUUGGGGCGAUGUUUAUGCGAGGAAAAGCUCGGUAUCGAAGACCGUGCGGAUGGCAACGUUUUGCUUUAAAGGUCGCUGGAAGAUACGACAAUGGUGAUGAUACUUGGCUUGGUGCUGGUAAGACAGCCUGGCCGGUGUCUUACCAUGGAACCACUGAGGAUAAUGCAAGAUCAAUUGCCGAAGAAGGAUAUUUGGAGAGCAAGGCACAACGUCAGGCUUUUGGGCGCGGCAUUUACUCAACACCUGACAUUAAUGUAGCCGAAAGUUAUGCAACGGAAUUUGAGUUUGAGGGCAAGAUAUAUGUGAUAGUGAUUCAAAAUCGAGUAAAUCCGAAAAAUGUAAUCAAGAUUAAGGCAAGAAAAACUAGAAAUGGCGAGUAUUGGAUUUGCAAGGAAGGGAAAGAUAUUAGGCCAUAUGGGCUUUGUAUAAAAGAAAAG